AUGGUGGGACGAGUGCCCUGCCCGCCGCAGGGCAGCAACGACCGCCUCAUGACUCUGACCCUGCUUCUUCGGGGAGACAAAUUCGCUAUCAUCAUCAGUGCCUACAUCCCCUUCUCCCAAAUUACCAGCUUUAACGAGGCAAAGAACAAAUUCUACGAGAACCUGCAUACCCUCCUGGCGACAGUACCAAAGGCAGACAAGUUGGUUGUCCUUGGUGGGCUCAGUGUCAGCGUCGGAACAGACCCCGCUGCCAAGAACGGAGUGCUGGGUCUCCACGGUCUUAGCGGCUGCAACGAUAAAAGCCUCCUCCUUCCACGAACCUGUGUCGAACGCCACCUGCUCCUUACCAGCACCAUCCCCCUUCCGAUGAGGGAGAAGGCAACCUGGAUGUACCUACGAUCGCGGCGCUGGCAGCUGCUGAACUAUGCUCCCGUCCGGAGGCGAGAUCGGCAGGUGCUGGUGACCAAGCUGAUUUGCGACGCCGAAGACUGGACUGACCAUCGCCUCGUCAGCUCCAAAGCGAGGUUAUGA